GAUUGGACGUCGUGUGAUUGACUUGCGUCCGUUUAAAAUAUGUUUUAAAUAGUUUUUAAAGAUAUUUAUGUCGUAUAAGGUUUAUUUUUAUUGUUUAAAGUGCUUAAAAUUACGUAAUCGGUGUGUAUUGUAAAGUGCAGUGAUGUGUCAAGAUAUCACAGUUCAGUUUAUGUCUAAAUAAAAAAGUUGUUUGGAACCGAGUGAGUGAUUACAAGAUGGGUUCAGUGUUUUCAUUAUUUUAUUUACUUCCAAGAUAUUGCUUUCAAAGUUUUAAGAUUGAUAUGACAUUGAUGGACUUAAAAACAUUAUGAAAAUUAAACAUUACCCGGGAAAAGCGGUCAUGGAGGACCCGUGGCUUUCAAUCAACGAUAGAACUAUGGACCUUGUUUAUGCAGCCAAUUGGGUUGGAGCCAAUAAUUUAAACAAUCAUAAGGAAGAAUAUAAUCAGGAUAGUCAAUCGAGAUUUAAUUCGAUAUCUAGAAGCAAAUCGUGUAGAGAUAUUGGUAGAAAUUCAAAUAAAGAUGACGGCGAAUUACAUGCAUACCACAAGCAAGAAUACAAUCACAAUCAAUGUACUAACAAUGAAAAUAUAUCUCAAUUAGCAAAAUAUCAACAAGUUAUAGAAGAAAAAGCACGGACAAAUGAUAAUUUCCUCAUACAAAAUAAAAUUAAACAUAGCUAUAGUUUUAAAGAUAUGCCAAAUGGAUAUAAACCUUCAACAUUGAGACGGGUUAAAAGACGAAACUUUACAGAAUGGGAUAUUGAAGCGUUUGGUCCAAAUGACCGUCAAGCUCCUGUUCCACCUCAACGAAAAGAAUCACAUAAAUAUUCACAUCGUCAAAGGAAACCUGACCCAAAAAAAAAUGGUUACCCCCUCCCAGACCCUGGACCAUUACCCCCUGAUCCAUCAUCAGAAUCAUAUUAUGAAUAUUACUCCAGAGUUAGUCAACAAAAUAAUGACACCGAUAGUGAUAAAAUUAAACUAAUGCAAAAAGAGCCAAAGAAAGAUAGUGGAAAUUCAAAAUCAUUUGGGUCAGCGCGUGGGUAUGGAAAUGAUACGAUGUAUCAAAUAAUUAAUUCAAUGGCAACCUUAGAUUUAACACCUAUAAAAUCUAGAGCGGGAAGUAAAAACCUCGACACGGAUAGCGAAGCGGAAGAUUUGGGUUUAUAUAUGCAUCCUAUUAAUGAAUCGUUAUCUACAUGCGAGCAACUUCCUGAGCGUAAUACACAACCUGAGAACGUUAGGAACGGACGUAUGGACGAUGUGCGACCUAAUUUUCGUUCGAAAUCUAUGAGAGUGAAAAGUGAGGGACGAACGCCGCUCCGGGCUUUUCUUGAUACGGUUGAAGAUGAGACCAAAGCAUAUAAUGGUGUUACCGUCACUCAACCGAAAAGGAAUUUAUCACCAAGCGAACAGCUGACGUUGAUGCAGCAAAACAUGUAUCAAGAAAGCCAACUAGCACCGGUCCCUGCCACCGAUAACGGAUUUCACUCGGUGGGUUUAGGAAAAGAAAGCGAAUAUCGGACUAAUAACAGUGUGUCUACACAAAUUAAACCCGAUAAAUAUGGGAAGUUAUACAAUACGGUGAGAGUGAAAAGUGACGAUAGAUAUAAUAGAUACAAUGACAUUCUGUCAUUUUCAUCUCGCGAUCGUAUUAGUGAAGAUCGUGUGACUAACGGUGCGUAUUCAAGAAGUGCUAAAAGUUCCUCUAGCGGUUCAGAUUCAGAUUUUUCGAUUCCUCGACCGAAACUCAUAGUUCCCGUUCACACUUAUGGCACUCGAAAACGAAGAACCGGAAAUCUCUGUCAAAGAGAGAGCAAUGCGACGGAAUCAUCUUUAGAUGCUGGCAUAUUGCUCGAUGUUACACGCUUAGAAGACAAGCCUUUGGAAAGUCAUAGUAAUGCAGAUUCAGAGGGAAGAGUGGAAGUAUCACGGGAGAACAAAUACCUUAGCACCAUGGCACCAGGCAAGGUAUUCGGAGAACUGGCGAUACUGUACAAUUGCAAGAGAACUGCCACCAUCAAAGCCGCUACCGACUGCAGGCUCUGGGCCAUCGAGCGCCAAUGCUUCCAGACAAUUAUGAUGAGAACUGGUCUUAUCAGACAGGCUGAAUACACUGACUUCCUUAAGAGUGUACCGAUCUUCAAAAACCUUCCCGAAGACACCCUUAUCAAAAUAUCAGACGUAUUGGAAGAAACACACUAUCAAAAUGGCGACUAUAUUAUUAGACAAGGAGCCAGGGGUGAUACCUUCUUCAUUAUAUCAAAGGGACAAGUCAAGGUAACACAGAAGCAGCCAAAUAGCAACGAUGAAAAAUUCAUAAGAACUCUAACGAAAGGUGAUUUCUUCGGGGAAAAGGCCUUGCAAGGAGACGACCUCCGAACGGCAAACAUAGUAUGUGACUCCCCAGAUGGCACUACAUGCUUAGUAAUAGACCGGGAGACCUUCAACCAGCUUAUCUCGACGCUCGAUGAAAUCCGCACCAAGUACAAGGAUGUUGGCGAUGACAGGCAGAGACUUAAUGAAGAAUUCGCAAACUUGCGGCUAUCAGACCUGCGCAUUAUAGCAACCUUGGGUAUUGGUGGUUUUGGUCGGGUGGAGCUUGUUCAAAUCCAAGGAGAUUCCAGCCGAUCGUUCGCCCUAAAACAGAUGAAGAAAGCCCAAAUCGUUGAAACCAGACAGCAACAGCAUAUAAUGUCGGAGAAAGAAAUUAUGUCCGAGAUGAACUGCGAAUUUAUUGUGAAACUUUAUAAGACGUUUAAGGAUAGAAAGUAUUUAUAUAUGCUAAUGGAGACAUGUCUUGGUGGAGAAUUGUGGACAAUCUUGAGAGAUAGAGGACAAUUCGAUGACUCCACUACUCGGUUCUACACAGCUUGUGUCGUUGAAGCGUUCCACUAUUUACAUUCUAGAAAUAUAAUCUAUAGGGAUCUUAAACCAGAGAACUUACUACUUGACUCCAAAGGCUACGUGAAGCUAGUGGACUUUGGUUUUUCGAAAAAACUACAAGCGAGCCGAAAAACUUGGACUUUCUGUGGAACGCCGGAAUACGUGGCUCCGGAAGUUAUUAUGAACAGAGGGCACGACAUUAGCGCAGAUUAUUGGUCCUUGGGGGUGCUCAUGUUUGAAUUACUGACUGGAUCUCCACCAUUCACUGGUGCAGAUCCAAUGAAGACAUACAAUAAGAUCCUGAAAGGUAUUGAUGCGGUUGAAUUCCCGAGGUCAAUCACACGUAACGCAGCCAACCUUAUCAAGAAACUUUGCAGAGACAACCCUGCGGAGAGACUCGGAUACCAACGGGGAGGCAUUACUGAAAUACAAAAGCACAAAUGGUUCGAUGGUUUCAACUGGGAAGGUCUAGCACAACGCACUUUAGACCCUCCAAUUACUCCCGUUGUCAAGUCCGCGGUAGACACACACAACUUUGACCAGUAUCCUCCAGACGCUGACGAACCACCGCCAGACGAUCUGUCAGGUUGGGACAGCACCUUCUAAUGUAAACCAAUCGGAGGGUUAUCAUUCUCUGAUUAUGACCUACUUGGAUUCUAGUGUAGAUACGAUCUUAUAGUUUUAUGGUUGUUUACGACCUAAUAAAUUUAUUUAGACGUUAUUCUGCUCUGCUUGGAAUAGAAUGUAGACAAUACAUCUGAAGUUAUGGCAUUAAUUGUUACGUACGUUACAGCUGAUGACUUUAGAUUUUAAUGAACCCUUAAGAGACAAUUCUUAAUUCAUUAAAUUGUUUUCAAAGAUUUUAUCAACGAUUUAUUAUUAUUAUUAAAUGUCUCAACGGAGUAUUUAUAAUUUAAUAAAUAUAAAUCGAAUACGGCGUUCACGUUAUCGUGAAGUAAGAUAUAUCUCACUUAGUUGUUAAAAAGCAGUAUUUUUCUGUUUGCCAUUAUAAUCUUUAUUAGCGCUUGCCAAGUUACAGAUAUAUCGCAAAUAUAAUUUACGACCAGUUAGUGUUGAAUUUUAUUUUGUUUCUGAUUUAGUAUUAGUGCUGUAUUUGUAUAUAUAUUUAUUUAGAACUAAGUAAAUCGAUUCUGAUAGUUUUGGUGUUAACGCAAUUGCUAUAAAGUAUAAUGUUUUUUGUAUACCGAUAUCUUGUUACCAGAAUAAAAUAUACUAUCAAGCUCAUCGAUUGACAUUGAUAUGUCUUAUAAGUAAUUAACAAUAACAUUUUCUUUUUUUCAUUAUGAAUUUAAGAUUGGUAAUUUAAUUGAAUUAUUAGAUCUAUAUUUCUUAUUUUUGACCCUGUUUGUUUGAAGUGGCAAUUUUAGUUUAAAAAUUUAAAUUGAGGGACAGUUAAAAACGUAACGUCAAUUAUAUAUAAAUUAGUAUUUCGUUAUAUAGGUACAUGUUUCAGUUAUUGACAGAAAUAUAUUUAUAUAUACAAUAUAAACUUUAACAUAAUCUGUAGCGUUUUGGUUCUAAAUUUAGUGCAACCUCUAUAAUAUACAUAUAUAUAAAAUCUCUAAUGUAAAUUCUUAUAUAAUGUGUAAAUUAUUAUAAUUAGUGUGGAUUUUGAUUGUUUUUAUUUUAUAAAUCUUUUUAGAUAAGUACUUACAUAGUUUGAAAAUUGUUUUCUGCUUUUCUUAUGCAACAAAUCAAUUAAUUAUUUCCGUAGUAAUAUUUUAAUGAAAAUUAUUUUAUAUAGAAUCAUAAUUCAUACGUGAGGUCAAUUCAUUAAGUCUUCCGAGUUGUGUAAAUAUAAUUUAAGAUAAAAAAAAAGAUUCAAUAGCUUUUGAAUUAACUAAUAUGUAGUGAUGUUACGUAGUGUAAGGACAUUUAUUUUUGUAAUCAUAGAAUAAAAUAUACCUAAUUGUAUGAUUUUGAAAAAUGUAUAAAUACAUUAUUUCGAUUGGA